UGGCGAGGCGGAAGAGCCAAGAUGGCGGCGACGGGAGACCCGCUCCGCCCCCGCUCCCUGUGCCCGGCCCGCGGCCCCGGCCCCCGGCGGGGCUGAGCUCCCCGGCCCCGGCCCCGACACCGACACACGCACCGGCCCCGACACCAGUACCGGCCCCUGGUGGGGCUGAGCGUCCCGGCCCUUUUGCCCGGCCCCCGGCACCGGCCUCACCGCUCCGCACCGGGACAUGCCCGGGUAGUGCCCCCUGCCCCAGCACAGCCCCUCCCGCCGGGCCGGGCUCGCGCCCCUCGCCCCGCAUGGCCCUGCCGCUGCCCUGAGCCGCCCGGCGCCCCCCGGCCCUGAGCCCGCGCUCGGCCCGUCCCCGGCGGUGCCGGUGAGCGACCGCGAAGAUGUUCUCGGCCCUGAAGAAGCUGGUGGGCUCGGACCAGGCUGCGGUCCGCGACAAGAACAUCCCCGCGGGGCUGCAGUCCAUGAACCAGGCGCUGCAGAGGAGGUUCGCCAAGGGAGUCCAGUAUAACAUGAAAAUUGUCAUCCGAGGGGACAGGAACACUGGGAAAACCACACUCUGGCACCGACUACAGGGAAAGAAAUUUAUCGAGGAAUAUAUUCCGACUCAGGAGAUCCAAGUCACCAGCAUCCACUGGAAUUAUAAAACCACUGAUGAUAUUGUGAAAGUUGAAGUAUGGGAUGUAGUUGACAAAGGAAAAUGCAAAAAACGAGGAGAUGGUUUGAAACUGGAGAAUGACCCUCAGGAGGCAGAGUCAGAAAUGGCUCUGGAUGCAGAGUUCCUGGAUGUCUAUAAGAACUGCAAUGGUGUAGUGAUGAUGUUUGACAUCACCAAGCAGUGGACAUUUAACUAUAUUCUGAGGGAGCUUCCUAAAGUACCGACCCACGUUCCAGUGUGUGUGCUUGGGAAUUACCGGGACAUGGGGGAGCACCGGGUCAUCCUGCCCGGUGACGUGCGGGACCUCAUUGACAACCUGAACAGGCCUCCUGGCUCCUCCUAUUUCCGCUAUGCUGAGUCUUCCAUGAAGAACAGCUUUGGCCUCAAGUACCUGCACAAAUUCUUCAACAUCCCCUUCUUGCAGCUGCAGAGGGAGACGUUGCUGCGGCAGCUGGAAACAAAUCAGCUGGAUAUUGAUGCAACUCUGGAGGAGCUGUCAGUGCAGCAAGAGACUGAAGACCAAAACUACGAACUGUUUCUUGAAAUGAUGGAAGCCCGAAGUCAAGGACACACGUCACCACUAACAACGAACGGGCAGAGCCCUUCCUCUGGCUCCCAGUCGCCCAUCGUACCUCCGAGCUCCACGUCGACAGGCAGCUCUAGUCCUGGCACCCCACAGCCGGCACUUGCCACAAGCUCCACCAUCUCUCCUGACCCCCCACCAUCCUUUUCACCGGUGCCUGCGCCCGAGGCCCCACAGCCCCACGUGCCUGCGCCGGCACCCCCGGCCGCAGCCCCCCCGCCCAAGCGUGGCAUUAUUGCGCGGCUGUUUGGGACAUCCCCUGCCUCAGAGCCCUCUCCUCCCCAGCCAGAUCCUACUGCUGCCACUCCUCCCCCUGACCCUGCAGCCCCUGCCAAGGUACAGAGCGUGGAGGACUUUGUUCCCGAGGACAGCCUGGACCACAGUUUUCUGGAAGACUUGGCACCGCAGAAGGACAAAGGGAAAGCACAGGCCAAACACCGUGUGGAUAGUGAAAGCGAUGGAGAGGCAGCCGGGGGGAACCCCAUGGUGGCAGGUUUCCAAGAUGACCUGGAUCUGGAUGACAAAAUUCCCAGCAGACCAGUGCUGGCAGGAGAACGGGUGCCCAGCAAGAACAUCACCCUCUCCAGUGAGGAGGAGGAAGAGGAAGAGGUGAAGGACUCUAAGGUCAUCCUCAUACCAGAUGGAGACAAAAACACGGAGCAGGAAAAAAAAAGGUCUUCCAGAAGUUCUCUGAAACCACAGAGUGAAGCAAUUUUGACCAAAGCAACUGACCCGAAGCCUCCUGACAGUUUACCUUCCCGUUCCGGGUCUGAACGAAACAGCAGCAGCAAGGUCAACACUGGCCUGGCAGCCACUGCUCCUGGCCCUGCAGCAGCAGCCCAGGCCUCAAAGGCCACUUCCCAAAGCAAAGGACUUGCUUCCAAGCAGAAAGUGGUCAAAGAGGAGAAGCCUGAGGAGUCUGACAGUGAUCAAGAGGGACCAAUAGCUACUCAGAUGCUCUCAUUUGUUAUGGAUGACCCAGACUUUGAAAGUGAGGAUUCUGACAGCCAGAAGAAGAAAAUGGAUGAAUUCCCAGUGAGGGAAGAUCUCUCAGAAGUAUCUGAUGAUGAUACCUCGCUGGCAAAGCCACCCCAACCUGUGAAAUCAACAGUCCCCUCAUUUAAACUGAAAAAUGACUCAGAUCUCUUUGGUUUGGGUUUGGAAGAAGCUGGUCCCAAGGAGAGCAGCGAGGAAGAUAAACAACCUUCUAAGGAGAAAAAGAAGAAGAAAAAGAAAAGCAAAGAGGAAGAGGACAAGACAGUGAAAAAGAAGAGCAAACACAAGAAGAGCAAAGAGAAGGAGGAGAGCAAAGAGGAGAAAGAGAAAAAGAAAAAGAAAAAGAAGAGCAAGGAGAAAAGCAGUGAGAUAGAUGAACUUGAGGCUUUUCUUGGCGGAGGAGGAGCCAGCAUGAGCAAGCCACGGGGUGGGGGGGACUAUGAGGAACUGUAGGCUGGCUGUGAACUCUGCACCGUGGCUGUCUCCAUCUUCUCUGACGAGUCACCCCAGGACAGGCACAGAUGUGUAAAGCUUUGGCCAUUUAAUGUAUAUUCUCUCAAACCAGAGUGAGCAAAACAAAAGCUUUACAUCUGUGUGUGCUGGCCUGGUGCAUCGUUACACAAAGCAAACGCAGCUGAGAUGUACAUGAGCCAGGGGAAGGUUCAGGGUACGGCUUCCAGGCUGUCAGCUUUUCUCCUUCCAGAGAUGCCCCGUCGGGUCGCUGGCAGGGUGUGGGCGUGAGGGGACCUGCCUCCUGCUCCGUCCCUGCUGCAUUCCACUCCUGCACACUUGAAAUUCCUGUCUUGUUAAGAGGAGUACAAAAACAUGCCGCAUGAACGCAUCGUGCUCGACUGUCUCAAGUCUUUAACUUCUUAUCCUUCCUAUUUUUUUAAGGAGAAAGGUGAUAUUGGCCAUAGCUUCACCCAGCAGUUGAUGAGCUUUAAGUCAAGCAGAUCAUCUAUGGUACAGCUCUCUAAAGUAGCAGGCGCAGAGCCAGCGUGAGAGUGUGUGUGAUUUUUGAAGCCCUUUGAACGGGACCUUUCUGCACAGCAGCUUAAUUAGCCCUCACUGGUGCUGCUGUUGGAAUUCAUGAAGCCCAUUGAUUUCCGUGGCCCCAGUGUCUCAGACACUACAUGUAAGCUGCUAUGCAGUUUGGGAAAACAAUGCAAAGUGGAAAGAUAACCUGAAAGAGAGAGAAAAAUCAGUGCUUUUCUGCACUUCCCACUCUUAAAUUUGCAUAUUCCAGAAUCCCCUCCCGCCGGGACCUCUCAGGGACAUGACUCCAUAUGGAAAUGAAGAUAUCCAGAGCUUCAGAAUUGGCUACAGGGCAGUGUUGGCAUGGCAAGGCAUUUGCUUCUCAGGCAUUUUACAGUCAGGCUGUAAAGCCCCAGCUGCCGCUCUGCACCGAGAGGGACCAGCACUGCAGCUCAGCAGCGUCCGUCCUGCUCCAGCUUCUGUCCAUACUGCAGCCAGCCAGCGUGCUGCCUUUCCUGCCCCAAGCAGAGCCCCCUCUGCCUCGUGUUUGGGAAGCCUUUUAGUUUUUGCUUUGAACUUAAACCUGUGGAUUGGUACCUGCUCAGCAGCCAUUGGAUGGGCACUACAGCCACCCAUGGCGCUCACCUGUGCCUCAGUGAGCAGCCUCUGUGUUUGAUGGAGUGGUCAGUACUCUGCGCUCCUCCUGAUUUGGUUCUGGGGUCCCUUGCUCAGCUCAGACGGUGAAGCUCCCUCCAGGUUCUGUGCAUUUCAUUUCCCUCUUGCUUGUAAGUUGAUUUGAGGUUUGGUUUUGUUCUCUCUCUCCCCUUUUUGUUGUAAAAUGUCAACCAUGAAAUCCAAACUGGAGUUUCCUUCUGUGUCCCUAUCAAGCAAUGUGUUCUUUUGAUCCGUUAUCCACUCCAGAGCUGUCUUGACCAGCAGGCAUUCUCCUGCUCCAUUUUUCUUUUUUGUUGCCCACAAAAUGCACUUGUAACCAUUUCCCUAUAAAACAAAUUGGUUUUUUUGCUGCAUGAGCAGUGUAUCGUUCAGGUCUGUUUGCCAUUAGCAUUUGCCUCCUCUGAGCAUUCCACAUGACACUGAAGGGAAAUUGCAUGGGACUGUUCAAACUGCACAUCUGGGGAGGAAAAGGAAGACUGGGACAGGACCGGUUUGCAGCCCCUCAUGCGUGAAGGCAGGUGGGCACUUGAGCCUCAGCUGCUGCAGUCCUGAAAGCAUUUCUGUUCCACCAGGAUUCUGGGUCAUGUUCCAUUUCUGCAUCGAGAAACCCUGGUACAGUCCAUUCUGACUAUAAAGCUCUGUUGUACACCUGC